AUGGCGGAACCCCAGCCUGAGCCUCGACUUCGACCUCAACCCCCAGCGAUGGAUGCCAGUUCGGAAUAUGAUUCUGCCGCCGAGAGCUACGCCCCCAGCAAAGUCAGCAUUGAGUGCUGCCCGGUAUGUGGGUAUGCCGGCUACGACUCUCGUCAGCACAGAAGCUCCCGCGGUCGCCGACGGCGCCAUCACCAAUGUGGCGCAUCACCGGUGGAACUUUUGAUCAGCGGCAUGACACAGACGAUGCGGAGUCUCCAGGCCGUGAGUGAGCAGGAGAGGAUGAUGAGAGAGAGGCAAGCCGAGACGAGGAAAGACCCCCAUCCUCGACUUGAGAGGAGUAACGACGACGAUGAGGACGACGGGAAGGACUCCGAAUCGAAUCGGGAAACGGAUGGCGAGAGCGAGACGGGGAGUGAAUCCCGAUCAGCGAAUGCACACGCACAUGCACAUGCACUUGCUGCAACGGGGAAAUACGAGCAGUUUCUGCUGGACAAGCACGACUUGCCUGGCUACCAAACCGCUAUGGCAGGUACCUGA